CUACCAUCAUUCCAUCACAUUUUUCUCACCUCCUAAUUAAAGGUCCAAUAUUUAUAAAGAACGAGUUCACCUCGCCUCAAGUGAGCCAGAGAGAGCAGCAUGAAGACCGCGACAAUUCAACCGCCUCACGAGGUCGGAAGUAGCCUAGAUACAGAGGUUAAAGAUGACAAAAAUGAGACUGAUGGCCGCGAAAACAACUUGGAGCUGAGGCUCGGUAUGUCUCCAGUGAAUGGUUGUAAAUCAGGAGCAAAGAGGUGUUUCGACGAGACGUCAGGGGUCUUUGUCCACCCUUGGAGCCUGGCAGCCCGGCAGCAGAACGCGGCUCUGGAGCAAGCACACCAGAAGCUGAAACCUUCUUUAACUACAGUCCCAAGAAAUGAGCAUCCUUCAGCUGUUGUGGGUUGGCCUCCAGUCCGGGCCUUUCGAAGGAACUUGGGGUUUCACAAUCAAACAGGGUCAGUGACCGCUCCAGAGGCAAAGGCAGAGGACAUCCAUGUCGAAAAUAAAGAGAGCAUGGCAAGUGAAAGCCAAGAAGGGCAGACAAAGUUUGUAAAGGUGAACAUGGAUGGUUGCACGGUGGGUAGGAAGAUUGACCUCAAACUCCAUGAUGGCUAUAAUUCACUGUCACAUGCCCUGCUGAAGAUGUUCCACAACUUUUUCUCUGUGAACUGCUUGAACAACCCAAAGCAGGAGGAUGAGCGGGAUGGGGCCAUUCCUACCAGCUACAUUCUUCUCUACGAAGACAACGAAGGCGACCGGAUGCUCGCCGGCGACGUGCCUUGGGAGUUGUUCAUCAGUUCAGUGAAACGGUUGUACAUCACACUGGAUCUUAGAGCACACAAACACUGAUCCUAGAGCAGACAAUCUUUUGGGUGCUGGUUUUGUAGGUUGACUAUGUCUGAGUCCUGUAAAGCAUGUAGAAGAUCAUGAAGAAGGGACAACUUGAUGGUUGAAGAGGCUAGUGAGACAGAUGAGAUGAUUUUGUUGAAAGGGACUAGAAGUUAGUUACUAGUUAAUGUGAGAAAGUUUGAGCUUAGUUUGUUCUACGUAGCAGUGUAAUUUUAUGGUUGACUGAAAAAUAAUUUUGACAGCACUGAUUAAA